CUCCAGCCCCAACUGCAGUAGUUCCAGCCCCAGCAGUUCCAUCUCCAGGAGAUCCAGGAAUUCCAUCUCCAGGAGAUCCAGGAGCUCCAGCCCCAACUGCAGUAGUUCCAGCCCCAGCAAUUCCAUCUCCAGGAGAUCCAGGAGAUCCAGCAGCUCCAGCCCAGCUCCAGUCCAGCCCCAGCUGCAGCUCCGGGACCUCCAGCCCCAACUGCAGUAGUUCCAGCCCCAGCAAUUCCAUCUCCAGGAGCUCCAGGAAUUCCAUCUCCAUGAGAUCCAGCAGCUCCAGCCCAGCUCCAGUCCAGCCCCAGCUGCAGGUCCAGGACCUCCAGCCCCAACUGCAGUAGGUCCAGCCCCAGCAAUUCCAUCUCCAGGAGAUCCAGGAAUUCCAUCUCCAUGAGAUCCAGCAGCUCCAGCCCAGCUCCAGUCCAGCCCCAGCUGCAGGUCCAGGACCUCCAGCCCCAACUGCAGUAGGUCCAGCCCCAGCAAUUCCAUCUCCAGGAGAUCCAGGAAUUCCAUCUCCAGGAGAUCCAGCAGCUCCAGCCCAGCUCCAGCCCAGCCCCAGCUGCAGCUCCAGGAGCUCCAGCCCCAACUGCAGUAGUUCCAGCCCCAGCAAUUCCAUCUCCAGGAGAUCCAGUAGCUCCAGUCCAGCUCCAGCCCAGCUCCAGGAGCUCCAGCCCCAACUGCAGCAGUUCCAGCCCCAGCAAUUCCAUCUCCAGGAGAUCUAGCAGCUCCAGUCCAGCUCCAGCCCAGCUCCAGGAGCUCCAGCCCCAACUGCAGUAGUUCCAGCCCCAGCAAUUCCAUCUCCAGCAGCUCCAGCCCAGCUCCAGCCCCAACUGCAGCAGUUCCAGCCCCAGCAGUUCCAUCUCCAGGAGAUCCAGGAAUUCCAUCUCCAGGAGAUCCAGCAGCUCCAGCCCAGCUGCAGCUCCAGGAGCUCCAGCCUCAACUGCAGCAGUUCCAGCCCCAGCAAUUUCCCAUCUCCAGGAGAUCCAGCAGCUCCAGCCCAGCUGCAGCAGUUCCAGCCCCAGCAAUUUUCCAUCUCCAGCUGAUCCAGCAAUUCCAUCUCCAGGAGAUCCAGCAGCUCCAGGGCAGCCCCAGCCUCAUCAGCAGUGGGUCCAUCCCUAGCAGUCGGAUCCCUCGGCCCAAUGCGGGGCUGGGGAUGAGCAUCCCCCCAAAAAGGACCGGUCGCACCUCCUCCCCCUCUCUCCUCUCCCUCCCGGGACGCUCCGCACCAUGCUGUCGGCCGGAGGCGUUUAUGCCAUGAAAAAGAGGAAAAAGCCCGUGCAGAAAAGUCCUAAACCACCGCCUCCUGAGGGAGCCAAAUCAAACCCCUCCAAAAGGCACCGGGACCGUCUGAAUCAGGAGCUCAACAAACUGACGAGUUUGCUGCCUUUCCCUGAAGAUGUUCGAGCCAGGUUGGAUAAACUCUCCAUCCUUCGCUUGAUCGUGGGCUAUCUGAAGGUGAAGGGCUACUUCACAGCUACUGUUAAGAACAAGAAUCCUGACGGGACAACAGAUCAGCCUGCCACUGUAGGAGGGAAUGGACAAAGUGCUCCACAGGUCAACAAGGAAAUAUUUUCUGAAGGAGACUUGCUUCUUCAGGCCCUCAAUGGAUUCAUCGUCGCUGUCACGGCGGAUGGAUACAUUUUCUACGUCUCCCCAACGGUUCAGGACUAUCUGGGAUUUCAUCAGUCUGACAUCAUCUACCAGAGCGUAUUUGAGCUGAUCCACACGGAUGACAGAGCCAUGUUUCAGUGCCAGUUGCAUUGGUCCUUAAACCCACCUUCCUACGGUGAAUCGGAGCAAGAGCCAGGAGCUCUUCCAAGGAAUGAGAACCUUGUUAACAGCAGCGCCACUACCUAUGAUCCCCAGCACCUGCCACCUGAGAACUCCUCCUUUCUGGAAAGAAGUUUCAUCUGCAGGUUUCGCUGCUUAUUGGACAACUCCUCUGGGUUCCUGGCUUUGAAUUUCAGUGGUCGCCUAAAAUUCCUCCAUGGGCAGAAUAAAAGAGCUGAAGAUGGGUCCCUCGUGCCGCCACAGCUGGCCUUGUUUGCCAUUGCAACUCCUCUACAGCCUCUUUCGAUCCUGGAGCUUCGGACCAAAACUUUUAUUUUCCAGACGAAGCACAAGCUGGAUUUCACGCCUACGGCUUGUGAUUCCAGAGGAAAGGUUGUCCUUGGCUAUACAGAAACUGAACUCUGCAUGAGGGGUUCCGGAUACCAGUUUAUCCAUGCGGCAGACAUGAUGUAUUGUGCUGAAAACCACGUGAGAAUGAUAAAGACUGGCGAGAGUGGAAUGACUGUUUUCAGACUGCUAACGAAGAAGACUGGGUGGGUGUGGGUUCAGGCCAAUGCCAGGCUGGUGUAUAAAGGAGGACAACCAGAUUGCAUCAUCGCCAAACAGAGGGCCUUGUCAAAUGAAGAAGGAGAGGAACACCUGCGAAAACGGGCCUUACAGCUGCCUUUUAACUUCGCCACUGGAGAAGCCGUCUUGUAUGAGAAUAAUCUGCCAGGGCUUCUGAACUCGUUUCCGUCCAAGAAGGCGUCCAAGGCAAGGAAAGACCCCAUCAGUGACCAGGAGGCCAUCGACCCCAACUCCCUUCUGGGAGCCAUGAUGCAACAAGACAAAUCAGUGUACGUGUCGCGAGCAGCCCCUGUGCCUCAGUUCUCCUUCACGGACAUCUCAGUGACACCAGGGGACUUGUGGCUGAGCGACAAAAAUGGGAAAACCGUGAAGGAGGAGAGUGACUCGCUUCUGGCCAUCAUCGAAACUUUGUUCGAGAAAAAUGAGGCGGACGGCGAUAUCUGCAAAACCCUGCACCAUCUGGAUGUGGAUGACUUGGAUUUACAACAGUGGGAGGACAGUUUACUAAAGAUGGACAUUGACUUCCCGACACCCCAGGACCUUCAAGAAAGAUUAAGCCAGGGGGUGUCCUCCUACAUGGAGGAGGUGAUGCUCUUUCGGAAUAACGGGAAGAACGUCGAUUUCCCUACAGUUAGUGGAGUGACAUCGUCACCACCCCUGCAGCAGAUCCCUUUGGAAUCAUGCCAGCACAGUGCCCAGUCCAACCAGCUGCCGAGUCAAUUCCCUGUUUCCCCCAAAAGGAAAGAACCAAGCUAUCCUCAAGCGCAUUUCCAGGACUAUGCGAACUCUUGUCUGGCUGAUCCCACUCUACCUGGAUUCCAAACUCCAGGGCACAGUUUGCCACAGCAGUCAGUAGGAUGUGAUCAACAGGCUCCUUUGCUCUCUGGGCUGCAGCAAAAUACCCUUUCUAACUCCCAGGAGCAAAUGCUGUUUGACCAGCCACACUUUAUUAAUGGGAAUUUACCCAGUUCCUCGGGCUCUUCCGUUCAGCGUCCCACGGAUGCCAACGCAGGCGGCUCUGCCCCGGUAUUUCAGCCAAGCUUUCCCACGUCUCUUUCACAAAGAAAAAGUGUCCCUGAAAACCAGGAGCUACAGGGUUCAGGUUUUAUGGGUCCUAGCCAUCUGGGUCAAUUCAAAGCGUGUAUCCAAAAUGGUCAGUGGCACGAGUCGUUGAUUUCAAUGAACUCGGGCCUGUGCAUCAGUCAGAGCUGUCCUGAGGGCAACCUGCCUGGUGGUGCUUGGGGAUCUCUGGCCCAGAAUCAGCAGGGGGUUUGCCUUCCUAUGGAGAUGGGUUCAGAACACCCAACGGGAAGCACCCAGCCCAACGUGUUUGGAACCCCAGCCUCCAACCCGUGGUUGCAUUUGGCCGAGCCUUCGGAUUACUCUCAGCAGCAAAAUGGAGACUUAUGCCACAGGCAGUUUUUCCCUGUGCAGCUGUUACAGAAGGAAAUACGACAAUCCAACACCUUAGAAGCUGACCAGCUGCCGGGGAACCGUGCUUUUUGCUCACAGGCACUUUCUCACGAACCCUUGCCCGUACAAGACGUUUACAGCCGAGAGCAGCAGGCCCUUCUCCAGAAAGAACCGUUCCCUGCCCGGCAGCAUCAGUUCAUGCAAACAAGGAUGCGCUCCCAAAUGCCUUGCAGAACAGCUGUGAUGCACCAAAAUAGACUUCUCCACGUGGGAGGGCUGGAGAACGGUGAUCCGUACGGCUCUUUCUCGGACACAGCGAGCCAGCAAAGAAACAGUACUCUCCAGACCUCACAGAGGUCAGCGUCUUCCUGCAUGUUACCAAGUGGCUCCGUGUUCUCCCCAUCUGACUAUGAAAGUAGUAUCCCACCCGUGGAAAUGGAUUCUGGGCUUCCUAAAGCCAGUCACCCUUCACUUCUUUCCCAGGGCCAGAAAGUGGCACCCUGUCACAGUGGAAACCACACGGAAACGUCACAUCUGUACAAAAGCAGACUUCUCAAACCAGGGUUGGGCCCUACAGUGACACCCGCAGUGGAAUCUAUUUUGACGGCACCAUCGCACCCCUUCGAACCCAACUUCACCUCCGUGUUACUGUUAGACAACCAGCCAGCUGCUCAGCCACUUUACAGUUACAACGUUCAAUACAAGUGAUUCCAGAAGAAUAAAGAGAACAGUUCCAUGGGAGUUCCCACUGCAAGUCUGGACAAAAGUAUAAUUUAACCCCAGUACUAAAUGAAUUCAUGCCCAGACUGAGUGUUUGGGGAUUUUUGUGGCCUUAAAUAUAUAGCAUUUUCUUAAAAAUUAAGAACCUUAAACUUUGUAUAUGUGUAUUAAAAUUUCUGUGUGUGUUUUUUAUUUCUGUUAAAGCUAUUUCUAUAUGCACAAAUGCCCAUUCCUGAGAGCCACCACUCAGGAAUUCCAAGAUAUGUUCCAAGAUGUCUCUAAUGCAUUUUAUUCCAAAAGAGAUACAAAUAUUUUUUUCAUAUUAACUGCUUCUAAGCAUGUUCUAAGAAAAAUCAGGAACUUUCAAGAAUCAUUAACCUGAUUUUACAAGGAAGGAAAUUGAGAUGCAUGAGCUUUAAGCCACCUGAAAUGAGUUUUUGAGGUUUCCCUCUCCUCCCUAUUACCAAUCAAUGAGGAUAUAAAUAAACACAGGUGAGAGAAAAAUGUGUAAUCAUGAAAACAAAACUGGAAAGCACUGUCAUCGGGGUUGAUGCUCAGGACUCAUGUGAUUUGUUUGAGGAAAAGGGAAUAUUUUAAUGUCUGGGAUUCACGAUUCAUUAGGACGGCCAGAAGAAAACCACCUCGAUAGGAAUUCCUGGACAGCUUAGGCUCAACACUACUAAAAGCCGGACCUCCAAACUGAUGUAUGCCAGGGCGAUCCAGCACUAAAGCAAUUGAAGUCCACCCCAGAAAAACACCCCCAUAAAAUGAUAAUAGCAGGGUGCUCUAUUAGUAGUCAUUAUUUGAAUCACGGUUUCGGAGAAAUUAAUAGGGUCAUUUUCAAAAUUACUGCAUUUAUCAGAAUCCCUAUCAGCAGGUGAGCUGAGUAUAAAAUGAUCUUGACCUUGGGUCAGAUAGGUCUACUGCACACUGAUGUGUGAUUCCUCUGUGUCCAUGUGAGUGUAAGAGUGUCUGUGUGUGUGUGUGUGUGUGUGUGUAUAAAGAAACACUGAAGGAACUUCAUAAUAACAGCUAAGUAGUUCUAUAAGGGCACGAAACCCUAUCUUCCUCCACCAGUGUGACCAACAAUUGUUUGUCUCUACAAGAUAUUUUCAUCGGUAUCCUUUAAGACUGGGCCUACCAGCUCUUUGUGGGCAGGGAAUGUGUCUGUAUAUUAUAUCGUACUCUCCCAAGUGCUUAGUACAGUGCUCUGAACACAGUAAACGCUCAAUAAAUACAAUUGAAUGAAUGAGGCUCAAGUUUGAUUUUGAUAAGCAUAAUUCGUCAUAUAUAGAUUGUUGAACAAAUACAUUGCAUCAUGUACUGCGAGUAGCUCUUUGUUUUUGCAGUUAUUCUUAUCUAAGAGCCGAGAGGUACCCGCAGCAAACGGUUCAGUAUAUCAACCGCAAAUCUCCUGGACCUGGUGGUAUACCAAUUGAGAUAGAAAGCAGAAAGGAGAUGGAGUGUUUAGUAACCUUUACAUGGUCCUCCUCAAUAACAGAAACACUGAGGAAUGCCACUAGAUUUCAGUAUCACUGUUAUCACACCUUCAGGAAGAAAGGGAGAUUCUGACAACUGCUAAAACAUUUCCUGCCCUAAGAAAUGACAAAGAUCCCCAAAUUCAUUCAUAAUCAGAUGUCUGGCAAUGUCAGAAUUGGAGACACAGAUUCUUUCCUCAUCACCGGUAAAGUAGAAUUGUUAUUCAUCUUAUUCUUUACAGCUAUACUUGAGGUUACAGCAUAAAAUCUGGAAACUAGUGUCAGAAUAAGUGUCUGACCCUCUGGAAAACUUCAGCUCAACAAGCUGAGACAUCAUCAAUGCUUAUACGAGAACGUUUAUUAGACUGUGCUGUGGAAUUUCACACCCUAAAAGAAAGGCAGAAAAUUAUAAACUGCUUCUCAGAAUCUGCAAGUGUUAUGGAUUGACAAUUAAUCUUAAGAAAACUGAAGUUAUGUUCCAGUCUGUCAAACUAGGAUCUUCAUUCACAACCCAGAGCUGAAUCAUUUUACCCAAAGAACACAUUAUCCAAUGAUGAUAAACAAGGAUAAACAGAAUCAAGUUAGUGCAUCCUUUAAGAGAUUGAGCACGAGAGAGAACACAUCAGUGCAGAUUAAAAUUCAGUAAAAAACAACAACUGCAUAGGGCAAUUAUGGUGUUCAGCUUUCUUACUGCUAGGAGAUCUAGAUUUACUGUAGAAACCUUUGACAGCUGGAUAUUUUCCAUCCAUACCAUGCACAUACCAUAUUUAACACCAAGCAAGAAGUCAAGACCACAAAGAGUGAGCCCCAGAAAGCAGCCCAAUUACCAAUUUAGAAGAC